GACACGUGCACAUCACCGAUUUCAAUAUUGCCACAAUGCUGACUAAAGAAAUACAAGUCACCACCAUCGCCGGCACAAAGCCAUACAUGGCACCUGAGAUGUUCAGCUCCACAAAACCCACUGGCUAUUCCUUCGCUGUGGACUGGUGGUCACUGGGGAUCACAGCCUAUGAGCUGCUCCGGACCCGGAGGCCGUAUCACAUUCGCUCCAACACUUCCACAGAUGAAAUUGCUCACGUGUUCAAGACGGCCACAGUGAUGUACCCUGCUGCGUGGUCCACGGACAUGGUGUCGCUCAUCAAAAAGUUGCUUGAGCUGAACCCUGAGAAGCGUUUUUCUCAGCUGAAAGAUAUCCAGGACUUUCCGUAUCUGUCAGAUGUGAACUGGGAAGCUGUUCUCCAGAAAAGGAUAAUGCCAGAAUUCAUUCCCACGAAAGGCAGACUGAACUGUGACCCAGCCUUCGAACUGGAAGAAAUGAUCCUGGAAUCCAAACCUCUUCACAAGAAAAAAAAACGCUUGGCUAAGAAGGAGAAAGAUACCAGCAGAAGCAGUUCCUCCCAGGCCUGCCACCUUCAGAAGCACCUGGAGAUGCUCCAGAGGGACUUCAUUGUUUUCAACAGAGAAAAGGUGAGACACCACCACAGUGACAUCCAGGAGACCCUGACACCGGCAAAGAGCAGAGGCACAUACAAGGAGGACAGCCAGAACAACAACCUCUGA